UAAGAUAAAAAAACAAACAAACUUUAAGUCCUUUAGAAAGAGAAAGAGAAAGAGAGAGAGAGAGAGGAGAGUUGAGAAAAAAAGAAAGAGAGAGAGGGAGAGAUUUUUGGAUAGGAAUUUGGGAAAUCUCCUAGGUCUUGUUUUUCUUUUAACCAAAAGAAUUUCCUAUGCUUCAAUUUGAUCCUUCAUCCUUUGUCACUCUGAUAACUGAGGAGGAGGUGGAGGUGGUGGAAGCCUUGGGUGGGCGGUUUGUGUCCCGGCUAGGGAGGAAUCACCACAGAAAUUGUUUUGUGGUGAGAUUGAGGAGAAAGUGAUUGGGUGUGCGUCGUGAUCAUGAAUGCACGAUCGCAGGUGUUUGAGAUGAGGGUGGAGGGGAGGCAGGUGGAUGAAGCUGUAGCGAGUAUCUUCCAUACUGUCCUCUUCUACCGGUCCCUCGGGAAGUUUGAGUACAAUCAGGAGGCAGUGUAUUCAGUGGGUACAAUUGGUACAACUGAUGUCGAUUGCAAUUUUAUCGAUUAUACCUAUGUUUGCUGCACUUCUGAGAGUCUCGAUAGGAAACUUCGGAGUGAGAUAAGUAGCUUCAGUGAGCAAUUGAGGAGCAAUGAUGGCUGUGGCUCAGGCCAGAUAAGUCUGGAAUUUUUUCAGAAGAAGAAAAAUCGCUGGCCAUUUGCUCCUGAAUGUAUUCCAUGGGAGGUUUGGACGGUUCGAUUGGACCUGAUAAAUCUCUAUACGGAAGACGAGAGGCAAUUGUGCCGGGAGCAAGUGGGCGAUAUGCUCACGGAGAAGAUACUCUAUAUCUCAGAAGUGAUGAAUAGGCAUGACUAUGUGCCAAGAAUGCCAAGUCAAUCGGAGAUGGAUUUAAUCUUCGAUACGACCUUUCCGGAUGUUCAGCCGUAUCUGUUUAAAUUCAAAUUCAGUACAGCCGGACCGAGUGGGGGUUCCGUAGGGAAUACUGUGAAGAAACUUAUUAAAGAGACUCUCUCGAUGUGACUUAAUCCAAAAUUCUUUUUGCAAUAGUUACAUUUUUAUUCAAUAUUCACAUUGUCAACAUUUUAUGGGGAUCAGGAAGAUCUUUCUCAUUAAUUAACUCUAUACAAUCGAUUUAUCACAAAAUUUUAGUUAGAAUAAAGAAUUUUAAUUUCAUUUUAUGGAUUAAA